AUGAAAGGAUUCAGACAAAGAGUGCACGAGCAGUUAUCAAGAGCCAAGGACUCGAACAAAUCCUCCAAGAAGAAAGAUUCUGCUUCCGGAACAGCCUCUCCUUCACAAUCGAAUGCGCCCUCUGGUACUGAUAGCCGAUCUCCUGCGAGUUCGGCUCAAGGUACGCCAACGUCAUCUACCACAAAUGUCAGUGAUGUGAGGAAUAGAGCUUCUAUAGGAAGUGAUGGAGGAUCUACCGGUGGGCAACAUACAAACUCUAUACAUCAUGCCACGCAGAAUUUACCCAAUGCACCAACUGGCCAUGCGUUCAUGCCUCAACCUCCUCCUGGCUCUCAAUCUUCCGUUGGCGGACCAGGUACCCCAUCCAGGCCUGGCAGUCAUCUCAACCCCAGCGUGGUGAUCAGUCCGAGCGCGCCGCAUGUACCUCCACCAGGAGCAGCGGAGACUAUGCCUGGCGACCUAGCGCCUCCAAAGGCUGGGCAGAAAUCCCUACUCUUUGCUGGAUUGCAAACAACUCCCAAAGAUGUGCCUGAAGGAAUUCGAACACCUAAAAGACAGCAUUCGUCACGAUUCGAUAUCUCCGAUCAACGGCAGCGUGAGCUCGAGAAAUUACCCGGGUUUCAUGAGGUUCCACCGCACCGGAGGCAAGAACUGUUUAUGCAAAAGAUCGAUCAGUGCAAUAUUAUUUUCGAUUUCAAUGAUGCCACUGGUGAUAUGAAGUCGAAAGAGAUCAAGCGAUUGGCCCUUCACGAGUUAUUGGACUACGUUGCCAACAAUCGGUCUGUCAUCACUGAGCCAAUGUACCCCCGCGUGGUGGAUAUGUUCAGCAAAAAUCUUUUUCGACCAGUUCCACCACCGGUCAAUCCCCAAGGCGAGGCAUUUGACCCCGAAGAGGAUGAGCCCGUUCUGGAAGUUGCUUGGCCGCAUAUACAGGUGGUAUACGAGUUUUUCCUGAGAUUCAUAGAGAGCCAGGAUUUUAAUACCAACAUCGCCAAAGCACAUAUUGACCAUCAAUUUGUUCUACAGCUUCUCGAACUAUUUGACUCCGAGGAUCCUCGGGAACGAGAUUUCCUCAAGACCACACUUCAUCGGAUAUAUGGAAAAUUCCUCAAUCUACGCUCAUACAUCAGACGCUCCAUCAACAACGUCUUCUUCCAGUUCGUCUACGAAACUGAGCGGUUCAACGGCAUCGCAGAGCUUCUUGAGAUCCUAGGAUCGAUCAUAAACGGUUUCGCGUUGCCUCUCAAGGAAGAGCACAAGCUGUUUCUUACGAGGGUGUUGAUCCCGUUGCAUAAGGUCAGGAGCCUGAGCAUGUAUCACCCCCAGCUGGCAUACUGUAUCGUCCAGUUUUUGGAGAAAGACGCGGCCUUGACAGAAGAGGUCGUCUUGGGCCUACUUCGAUAUUGGCCGAAAGUCAACAGCACAAAGGAGGUCAUGUUCUUGAACGAAGUAGAGGACAUCUUUGAGGUGAUGGAUCCGGCAGAGUUCGCCAAAGUACAAGAGCCUCUCUUCAACCAGCUGGCAAAAUCUGUCGCCAGCCCUCAUUUUCAGGUCGCCGAACGAGCACUCUACUUCUGGAACAAUGAAUACUUCUGCAACUUGGUCAGUGAUAAUGUUGAGACCAUACUGCCAAUAAUGUUUGCGCCACUGUACGAGAAUUCUAAAGGACAUUGGAACAGGACUAUACAUGGUAUGGUGUAUAAUGCCAUGAAGCUAUUUAUGGAGAUCAAUCCGCAAUUGUUCGAUGACUGCUCGCAUGACUAUACCGAGCUACAGAACAGCGCAGAAUCUCGGGAGCAAACUCGUCAAAGCAAGUGGGAUCGAUUGACGGAGCAAGCCAACAAGAUGAAGAGUGGUCUUAGGACAGCUCCAAUGAAGCCAAUCAACGUCAAAUACGAAACAGAUACAAUGACUCACGAUAGUCAACAACGUCUUGAUGCUCUCAAAUUGCACGACGAAGGCGCUAUAGGGAGCAAAUCAACCACGAGACGCCCACGCGGGUCUUCAGAUACCACAAAAGGUCAUCGUUCGGGUGCAAGUGGCGAGAGCCGACCCAAGGGCACAAGAAGGAACUCCGGAGGCAGUAGCAACAGCACCACAACCUCUACCACCGUGUCUCGCAUGAAUCCAGCGAAUCUUCCUCCCCAGCCAGCACAUACCUGA